AUGGUAAAGCAACUGACAGACGAAGAUGUAACAUCAAAUUUUGAACUGUUCGAACAAAACGGAUUCUUAUUGACACAUUCAUUAUAUUGGAUGACUAUUUCUAUACUUCAAAUUGAUUUACUUUGCACAGUCUAUGUAAUUUAUCGAACAUAUAAAAAAUGGAAAUCGUCAAAUAAUGGCUUAUCAAUGGCCUACAGAAUACCCUUUUAUAUCGCUAUUAUAGAAAUUUUUAUUUAUGUAUUUCAAACUACAAAUUUGAUUCAUCCAGCUAUCUUUAUCGAAAACUGGCCUGAACCCUAUUGUUCAAUUAUUUCAGGAGGAUUCUUUUUUGUAACUGUAACGAAUAUUUUUAUGGUUGGAGUCAUAGCAUUAAUGAGCUGGCUUGUUGGAAUUCAACAACCUAAUUAUGGAAAAUUUGAUUAUAGAUUAUUUAUUGUGCCAAUUGGUUCAGCAAUAUGUUCAACCAUUGUCGCUCGCCCAACUUUUAGAAGCGAUGAAUUUUGGUGCUAUACGAGCGAUGAAUUUACAACUAUACCAAAACUUUUAUUGGCUAUUGAUUUUAUCGUAUUAGUUUUAACAUUAUUUUGUUAUGUGAGUAUCAUCGUUAGAAUAAAUUCAGCAGAACUCAAUAACACAAAUCGUUCAUUUUUGAUCGCAUCAAGAAAAAUCGUUGGAUAUUUAACGAUGUACAUUAUUCAAUGGACACCUUUGAUGUCUUAUGUAAUAGCUGAUAUUUUAGAUCAAGAGUAUGCUUCAGUAUUUUUUAUAUCUAUAAACUUCAUCGCUUUUGGAGGAAUAUUAAAUAUGAUUCAAUAUGUUAUAAAUGAAGGCUGGGUAAAUGAAAAUAAAUCUGGUCCUUCUUCGUUAUCAUCAUCAACUGAAUUAACAGUCUCUAAUGAUAAUAAUAUUAUUAUUAGAGUUCACGUUCAGAAUCAGAAUAAUGAUACUAUUGUUGCUGAUGACCUAUCAAGUAUUGAUAAUAAGAAUAAGUAG